UUCUCUUGCUAAUCCUGACCUUGAAACAGGUAUGAGAAGGUUUUACCUGGGAUAGACAUAUUUGUGUGCACUGCGAACCCCAUUAUUGAACCACCAACUAUAUAUAUGGUCAUCAACACAGUUCUCUCAGUCAUGGCUUACGACUAUCUGCCCAAGAAGCUGGGCGUCUAUCUAUCCGAUGAUGGUGGGUCAUGUCUAACAUUUUAUGCUCUCCUAGAGGUCUCUCAGUUCUCAAAGAUAUGGCUACCAUUUUGCAAGAAAUUCAAAGUUGAACCCAGAUGCCCAGAAGCUUAUUUUACCUCUACUCCUGAACCGCAUCAUGAUGAUCCUCUAAUGGUUGAGGAAUGGUCAUCCAUCAAGAAAUUAUAUGAAGAUAUGAGGAACCGGAUAGAAUCUACUAUGAAGGUGGGCCAAAUUUCAGAAGAAAUACGCAAACAACACAAAGGAUUUGGAGAGUGGGACUUGGUUUCCGAUCCACGGAAUCAUCAAACCAUUCUUCAAGUACUUCUUACCGUCUUUUAUGCUUUACAAGCCUGGGAAUGCAUUGAUGAGAUGCUUGUUGCAGAAAUAGUGGACAUUCUUCUUGAUGUUGCCGUCUACAUAGAAACUUAUUCUUUGAAGGGUGUCACUGUUUUGGGUUCGUUCGCUGAGUAG